CCUCCUUCAAAGUCCUCCUCCUUCCCUCAAGAAGCGUCGCCACCAUCCUCCUUCUCCUACCUCUUCGCUAACCGAGCUCGAUCAGGAGAGAUACCUCGAUCUACCUCCACCUUCUGAUGACCCUGAUUCAUCAUCCCUUUUAGGUUCGUCAAUUAUUUAUGCUCUAUCGAUUAUUACUCAUGGUUUCUCUUUUUCUUCUCAUUAUUUGCAUUCAUAAGUAGCUGACAUAUAGCAAUUUUUUUGGCGGUACUGAAUAUUUUUUCUUGUUCUGGUGGUUGCGUGUUCCAAGGGAGGGGGAGAGAGAGAGUUUAUUUUCUUGUCGGGUUUCAGGAUUCUAAUUUUAAGUGGCUUGACGCAUUCAUCGGUGAUAAUUUAAUGAAGUACCAAAGAAUUUGAUCGAAACGGUAACGUGGGAUCUGAAGAGCUCCCUUUGACCUUUUGUGGACAUUCAUGUCCACUAGUUGGAUAAAAGUUAAAAUCUCUGAUACUGGAAGGAAGCUUUAUGGUUAUUAUGAAUACUCAACUCCACCCACAACGCCAUUCCCCAACUAAAUUGGGCCAGCUUCGUGAAUUCUUUUCCGCCAUUGUACUUUAUCAUGGUUACCAUGAAUUAUCAACCAUGAGGGGAUACUAGAAGUUGAGUAAAGAUGAAUUGUGAUUAUGCUUCAUUUAUGUAGCUCGUCUUAGUUGAGAUAUCCCAUAGGGCAUCAGUAGAAUUUCUGAAAUGUUGCUUCUUGGCGUCCUUAUCCUUCCUUUUUAUCAAAACAUGCCCUUGGUGAUCCUCGACUGGAUGCAAAAUCAAAAUCAUGUGAUAAUAAACAAAGAAGGUUUUUUUUUUUUGUUGACUUAAAGUGGGUUUUUUUCUGAACAUAAAAGACCUGCAUUUAGAUAAGUAGACCCUGUGAGUCUGUGACAUUCUUUUCUAAAGAUCCAACACCUUCAUUUAUAGAAAACCAAAUAUAAUUUCCAGCGAUGAGAAUAGAAGAAAUGAAGGAUUGAAAUAUUUUUUAUUAUUUUUUCUUUGGUGCGUCCUCAAGUUCUUGCCUACCAUUUUUUUGGGGGGGGGGGUGUACAAUCGGAACUCUCACACUCCAUACCCCUCAACACAUGAGGUGGGACUUGUUCCCGGUCUCUGUUAUCAACAGUUGGAGACCUUACCACCAGGCCGACUGUGGCACCUUGCCUUGAAUCAUGGUUAUAUUAAAGGCUGCAAAAUUCUGUUCUGAGUACACUGUAUGUCUUGAAAUUGGUUCACAAAGAAUCCCACUAAAAAAGAAGUAAAAAAUACAUGGUUUGCAAUGGACCUUGUAUCCCUUUGAUAUUGGAAGUGUAUAGCAAUAGCUUAGAAGCACAAUUCCAUCCUAGAUGCCAUGUGGGUAACUACAUGUGGGUAUGAUAGGAAAUUUCCCUGGAGAAUGCUUUUGGAAGUUCCAACAUGUGGAAACAAUUGUGCAUGUUAUCUCAGUUUAACAACGUGUGGAAACAUAGUAAUGCAGCCUGGUUUCCAUGGUUCUCAGUUAGAGGAUAUGUUAAUUCCAAACUGCAGUACAGGCCAGGCGAUAUUCGAUAGCUAUGCAAAAGGCUUAACGGAAUAUGAAGAAUAGAUCCCAAACCAGCAAUCAGAACAGUGACUAUGAAAAUUACUAUCAGAGAAGAUAGAUCUGAUAUAAUGGUUUUAUAACAGAACCCAGGAUUAAUGAAUAUUUAACAGAUAACACAGAUCUGAAAUACUAACCUGAUAUCAAAAUCUAUAAACAGAGAGCAAUGUUCAUGUUUACUAGUUGCAGUGCAGUUGUCUUAGUGUUAACAACAGAUAAUAGCAGCCAAAGAAGAAAAUCUUUUGCUGGUUCUGCAGAGUAAUACCUGCUGAAACAGAAGAAGAAUAUGAAAGAAAGAAUAAGAAAUAAUAGGAGGAGAAAAGAAGUUCAAAGGGAGAGAAAUUAGGAAGUAGAAGAGAGAUUGUGGGAGAGGAAAGAAGAGACAGAAUAGGGAGAUCGAUGAGAAGGGGAGAGGGGAAGGAGAAAGGCUCAUGCACCUGCCAUUCUAAUACCACUGCAUCAAUGGUUAUCCAUCUAAUCUAAUUGGUGUUAUACGUUAUUUGCAAUAUAUUUCCAAGUUUGCAGGAAGGAUGUCUAUUUUGCAACAUUCUCAUCUGUUCUCGGACAAGUAAGAAUCAUUUCACCUGACUUCACCCUUUUUCUUUUUCCUUGUGUCUGCAGUGAAUUGGUUGUUUUAUGCCCUGUCACAUCUUCACUAUUCAAUCUUGCUUUUUUAAUUUUGAUUUAAAUUCUCUUUCAAUAUAAUCAGAUAAUGGAGCAGAACCUGCAGUUGGUGAUGGUUAUCAUUCUGUGGCCUUCUCUUAUGGAAACUCAGAUAUUUGUACCGAUGAAAAAAAAUCUUCUGCUGGGUUGGGAGAUUCCAGUUUUCUUCCACCUUUCCCAGUGCCUGAAAGCCUACUUCAAAACCUAGUAAGUACUUAUUUGCAUAUUUAUCUCUUUCCCAAACUCUCUUUCUUCCCCCCUUCAUAGAAAUCUAAAUGUUGUUGUUUGUAUAAAAUGGAUUCUUAUCCAAUCUGGCCUGGUGAUAAUUGUCUGAAGUGCAAAUAUUAUUCUAAGGCUUACCAUGUCUAAGUUUCAGAUACUUGGAGCAGGGAAGGAGUUCUUCUGAUCUAAGGUUGCCACUCAUAGGCUUCUUGUUGUCUUUUGAUGUGUCAUGACCAAGGGACCGUGCAGGUGGGAUUAGGAUGAUAUAUUCUGUUAUUUUCUGAGGGAAAUAUCUUCAUCACCACAUUGAGCAGUGGGCUGAAAUUCAUUACAAAGUUCUGUUUGAUCUUUAUAGUUAUCAGAAUAUGUGUGAGAUUCCAUUGGUCCGACCUCCUUCAGAGAAAGUUCAUCAGAUCAUCGCAAGAACUGCAAUAUUUGUCAGCAAUCAUGGGGGUCAAUCAGAAAUUGUCUUGAGGGUCAAACAGGGGGACAAUCCAACAUUUGGGUUUCUUAUGCCCGACCAUCAUCUUCAUGCAUACUUCAGGUUCCUUGUUGAUCAUGUGGAACUUCUGAAUUCUGGUGUAGAUGCUAAACCUUUAGAUGAGAAGAAAGAAGAGAGUGCAAAGAAUCCGACAUGCGAUGUUGCUGUUGGGGCAUUAUCCUUGCUUGGUUCUGUAUAUGGGUCUGGAGAAGAUGAGGAUGGUACACAUCAGUUUAUCUCAGAAUCUAAAGAGAAGGAGCUUGGUGAAACCUUAAAUGCUGAUAAUGCAACAAUUUCUCAUGGAUCAGAAUGUGCUGAAUCUUCUGUUGGUUUAUCUGGAAAAGUUGGGGAGGCUCUCAAGCCCCUGCUUUAUACUGCUAAGGAAAAGUCUCUCUUGUCAAAAAGAAAUCGAUCUGUGGCUGCUGAUAAUUCUGAUGUCACAUGUAGCCGGAAAAGAGAAGGUGAAUCUCGGGGUUCAUCUGGUGUUUCCAUGGAGAAACCACAGGUGUCUACUUUGUCAAGCAUGUCUAAGGUUGAACCUUUGAUUAUGGAGCCUCCAUCGGAUUUAAAGAGGAUGGUUGAUAAAAUAGUAGAGUUUAUUCUGAAAAAUGGGAAAGAAUUUGAAGCAGUACUCAUAGAGCAAGAUAGCAAAAAUGGGAGAUUUCCAUUCCUUUUACCAUCUGAUCAAUAUCAUCCUUAUUAUCUGAAAGUUCUUCAGAAAGCUCAGGAGUCCAAGUUUCCUGGGAAGUGUUUUUCUGUUCCAAACCAUAAUACAAUAGGGGGUAAGAAAGGUGGUCUGUUCAAAGAUGACAAUGAUGCAUUAUACAAAGGAUCUUCAGUUUCUGAUAUACCUUUUGAUUCUGAGAGGAAAGAAAAGUUUAAAAUGGUACUUGGUGGGUCAAAAAAGGAUGCACAGGAUCUACCACCUAAACCUAAACAGCACUGUGGAGUGAGUGUGGAUGCUGCUGCAGCAAUUCUUCAGGCAGCAACAAGAGGCCUGAGGAAUCCCAAGUUAGAUAUUCUCCCCAAGGCAUCAGUGGAUGACUCAAGUCUUGGCCUCAAUGGUGAGGGUGGGCCAACCUCAAGCUUUGGCAGUCCCUCAUCAUCUCGAGGUAGGAGCUCUAUACAGAAAUCUGUUCCUAAUGGGGAGCCCAGUUCCUCUAUGCCCGUUGAGUUGUCUAGAUCUGCUGGCCAGUCAGAAAAGGAAGGUAGCCGAACCAGUGGUGUAUCAGUGGCUAAGGCUAUUGCAAAGACAGCCGCCCUUGCAGCUGCCAGUGAAGCUGACUCUUCUGAAGCAAGCUUGACAAAGGAGCAGAAGCAGAAGGUGGAGAGGUUGAAGAGGGCGAAGAUGUUCGCAGCCAUGAUAAAGGGUGGUACAGCACCUCGUGCAAAUGAUCUGCUGCCCCGUUUAUCUGCUGAACCCCCUGAUUCAUUGAACUCUGGUUUACUGGAUUCUGGUUGUAAGGCUUCAAAACUGAACAAUGAAACACUGGCACCUGAUACCUCAAAUCUUUCAGGUGGGGACGUUGAUCUUCUGGGAAGAGAAAGAGAAGGUAGCUCAGUACCCAUAGAUGCCAAUACCUCUGAUAGAUCAAAGUCUGAAAGGCACGACUCCGAUGAUGAUUACAAGGAAAGAAAAUUGAGGAGGAAGUACCGCUCGAGGUCCAAAAGGUUUGAAGAAAGUGAUAAUGACAGUGAUGGAAGGGAUCAUAAGCACUACCGGAAGAAGCACCGUUCCCAUCAUUCUUCUUCCCAUCGCAAAGACGAGUCCAAGCACAGAAAAAGACAUUCAUCUCCAGAUUACAAGGCAUCUUGGCGUCGGCACAAGCAUCAUAGCUCAUCUGAGGAUGAGCAUAAGCAUCGACACAGAUCUGAGAAGCAUAGAAGUCACUCGGAAAGAAAAAUGGAAUCUGAGAAUGACAUUGAUACAGAAGUACCGGCUCGAACAAAAACCUUGAGGGUUAAUGACAGUGUAGGUCGGGCAGCUACGCAGAAUUCAUCAAAAGAUCCUCAAGAUGUAUCAAACCCAUUGGCUACUGGCACUCUAUCUUCUGACACUACGGAAGUAUCUGAUGAGCUAAGAGCAAAAGUUCGGGCCAUGUUGCUGGCAACCAUGUGAUUAGUAGUCUGUUAUUCUUGUCAGUCUUAUGUUAUUUUUAUUUUUUUUUCUCAGAAUUCAGUAGAGCUUUAUUGUAUUUGGUUUUGUUCGACUGCGAUGUUAAUAUUUUUCACGAGAUAUUUCACCAGAGUAUUAGCUGAAAAUUACCUGACCAAAUACCUCCUGGGAAACAAAACAACAGUGUUUGUAUAAGAACAAGUAAGCUAGAUGAAUUAAAGCCUACGAUAGGCUUCUGUUUA